GAUUACCGAUGCCGCAAACAUCGAUGACUCGAUGGCAACAUCGUUUCAAAAGUGAAACUUUCAACGAUUGUUAAUUUUAUAACCGACAAGUCGACUGUUGCGCGCGGAAAAAACGAAGCAGCUGCAAAAACGAGCCCAAGCAACGGCGUCAUCCAAAACGGGUUUCUUCUCGUCUUCUUCGCACGGGCGAAGCACUAAUCCCCGGAAUCCGGAUCACAUGAUGACCUCCAGUGGCGGUGCGGGCGCCCACGGCGCCUUCGUGGCCUGGGCGGUGUUCGCCCUGCUGCUGACGCACGGCGGCGGUGUUGUGGAUGCCCGCCGUAACCAGGGCAAUAACCAGCGCAAGCCCUCCUCCUCGUCCUCGUCCAGCUCCUCCAACUACGGUCACGUGACGCAGCCCAGCUACAACACGAACGGCCAUGCCGCCGGCAACUCGCACGCGGAUGUGGCCAAGCUGAGCUACCCCAACUACAACUCGCAGCCCAAUCGCCCCGCGGCCGCUGGCUCCCCGGCCGCAGGAUCGGCCCCUCAGCCGGGCUGGAAUGUGCCGCAGGGCCCGCCGCCCGCCUACUCCGCCUCCAAUCCCGCCGGCGGUGCCCGACCCAACAUGCACGAGCCGCCGCCGGCCUACCAUGCCCCCAACUAUGGAGCAGCUCCUCCUAGCUAUGGCGCAGCCACUGGAUCCAAUGUCCAUCAGCCGCAGUACUCGGGAGUGCCGGCGGGUGCCACCUACUACCCGGCUGGCGGCCACAGCGGCGGCUAUCCCUCGAACUUACCGGCUGGAGCCACCUACUACCCAUCCGCCGGACAGGUGCCCAUGGGCGGUGGCUACCACCCGGCCGCUGCUCCGCCUCCGGGAGCCACCUACUACCAGGCGGGCUCUGCCCUGCCGCCCGGAGCCACCUACUACUCGGCGCCGCCCCAGCAGUCCUCCUCUGGCCUUGGCUUCGGCACUGGUCUGCUGGCCGGCGGCCUGGGCGGUGCUCUGCUGGGCCACGCCCUCACACCCUCGGGCGGCAGCUCCUCCUCGCAGCCGGUGGCCGCAGCUCCAGCUGCUGGCCAGGAUCGCAUCAUCAUCAUCAACAAUGGCGUGCCGGUGAACGCCACCGAUGGCACCACCGUGAUCAAUGCGGGUGGCGUGGCCGCUGCUCCUGCUCCUGGCGCUGCUGCUGCCCCGAUGCCGCCGUCCAACGUGACCCAGGAUGGCCAGGAGCAGCCAGCCGUGCCCAUGGCACCCAUUGCGCCCAUGGCUCCCUUCAAUCCGGACGCCUCCAACAUGACAGCGGCCCCAGGAGCUGACGCAGCCGCUGCUCCGCCACCGGCUGGCGGCAUCAUUUGCGUGCCCACCAAGGUGAACGAAACGGACCCGGCUGACAGCACCAAGACGGUGGAGGUGGAGAAGAUCGCCUGCUACCCGGCGCCUCCGCCGCCGGCUGCUCCGGCCGGCGAGGGACCAGCUCCGCUGGCCCCCAUGGCGCCCGCCCAGCCGGGAGCCCAGCAGGUGCAGCAGACCCAGGACGUGGCUGCCCCCGUGCAGGCCUCCGUCAAGGCCAACACCAGUGGCGCCCAGUGCCCGGGCGGACUGACCGGCCAGAGCCUGCUGCUCAUGCUCGUGUGCGGAGUCCUGGCCAAGCGCUUCGCUGGCUUCUAGGCAGCACGCCUCUGGAAUGUUCCCGGCCGCCUUGUGUGCACACCUGCCCCGCUCAGUCACCCAGACCCCAGCACCCAGCACCCAGCUACCUGACCACCUACUGUACCUUCCUACCCAGUCUUUGCGGCCUCGGCGCACUCGCUUGUUUGCCCUGGCCAAGAUCGAUAAUUCCGGGCGCUAAUUGGACGAAUUGUUGACCUAAGCCGUACCAUCUCCGAUGACAGUAUUCGCGGAUAAACAAGCUGGCCUCCCAGUCUGGAUUCCCCUCCCAAGGUCCCCUCCCCCUCCCACUGGGCCCUCAAUUGUGAUGAUUGGCGACGGGAAGGGUCGCCCGCAACCGGACCCGACCCGACCCAGAGCCAGAGCCGGCCAGUUCCAGUCCCAAACCAUCCCGGUGUGCGCCCGAAACCAAGCAAACAUUCGAAUAUCUCAUAGCACUAUAUGUAGCCCCAGACGAAGUGAACGUGGGUUCCCACUAAAGGUGUAUAUUUUUCUAGAAUCGUUAGCGUAAUCGUUGCCUGUAUCGUUGUUUUGUAUCGUCGUAAGCAGACGUAUUUGUUGCACUCAAUUGUUGAAUUAAAUAAAAUAAAGCUUUCGCCUACACCAGCGCACUCGGA